UGAGUUGUAUGUCAAUAAUUCCAUCACGUCUUGAUUAUAUCAAUUGUAAAGAUGUGGUUGAACUAAUUACAAACAAUAGUAAUAAGAAAAGGUUUAUUAUUAUUGAUGUACGUGGAAAUGAUGUUGGUGACUUAGUCAUACAUACUGCAAUCAAUAUCCCAUCACCUAAUUUUAAAGAUACAGCAACGUCAUUAGCUUCAAUAUAUAAAGAUUAUGAUUUGAUUAUUAUUCAUUGCAUGAUGUCACAAACAAGAGGACCAACAUGUGCAAUGAUAUUAAAUGAAUGUUUUAAGAAUGAAAAAUACAAAGAAAGUCAUGUUCAAAUAAGAAUUCUUAGAGGAGGUUUUGAAAGAUUUUAUUCAGAGUAUGGUGAAAGAAGAGAAUUAUUUGAUGUAGUACAUUAA